UGGCGUAGAACCCGUGGAACCCUUUUCUAAGCCCGCGAAGUCCUGUUCUAAAAACCACUCGCAGAGAGGAAGAACAAACGCUCGCAGCUGCUGCCCUCUGCAAACCCUAGGUUGAAGAAGAGAGGGACUCGCUUACACUCCAUAGCCAUCAUCACAGAGCAGUAACCCCAAAUAAUCUCUUCUGGUCUUUACAGGUGGACAGUUGAGGUAGACUGGAAUCUUCCAGAUGGGAAAAGAUUAGAGAUAUAGAAUCUUCCUGUAACAGGUAGUGGGUGGCAGCUUUUGUCUUUGGUGGAUAAAGGAGGAGGAAUUUGUCGACAGUUUUGUCGUUUGUUGGAUAAUAGGGAAAGAAUCUGUCGGUAACUUUGUCGUUUGUUGGAUAAUGGAGGAGGAGUCUGUCGGCAGUUUUGUUUUCUUUCGUUGGAUUUGAUGCCCCGAGCAUGAACUUAAGAUCUCAGAGUGAGUGCAUUCAACACAAACAUGCCACACAGGACAAGACCAAUGACAGGACUUUUGGUUUUCUUCGGAGUGAAUGUUGUUUUGGUGUCCACUAUCACUCCUGUUUAUGAUUUUGUUUGCUUUCUACCUUAUUGGGAGAGAAGGAGAGAACGUCGGCGUAAGGAACGUGAAGCUGGUUUGGAAAAGAAUUCCUGAUUCUGAACCAAAGAUUGGACUUAAGUAACUAACAGGCAACAGAUUGGUAUUCGUAUAAAGAUGUCCCUCACUCACAGAGACUCUUCAGAAUGUGGCAGCACAAAUCAAGAAUUGGAGUCGCUUUAUGUUUUAAUUGUCACCACUUAUGAAGAUCAGUAUUCUACUUCAGGAACCAGCAUGAAUGGAAGAGGCAUGCAGUAUGCAAAUGUAUGAGUGAAGACUAUAGAGUAAACUUUUGACAUUUUUGAAAUAUGAAUUAAGGAUUUUCAGAUCUUUCGGGCAUGAAUUCUACCAUGAAUCCAUAAUAUGUCAAUUCGACUGCACCACUCUCUUAAAUAACCUGAAACAGGUUAACCCUAACAUG